CCCCAAAAUCUACAUAGAAAUGGGGACUAAUGGUCCCUCUUUCCUCAUUAUAAAUGGGGGAAACUAGGCACAGACUUGGAUGAUUCAUCAUUUUGAAUAUGGAGGUUUUAAAAAUAUUUAUCACCUGGAGUAGAUAUCUAUUCAUUAAAUGAACAUUUAGAGCCUCUCUUCUAUGUAUGACUCAGAAGUGCUAAUAUAGCUAAGAGUGUGUGUGCAUGGGUGUAAAUACAUGUAUAUCAUAUUUAAAAUAUAUAAGUGGCAUAUAAGUCCUCUGUGUGUAACAGAUAAUGUUUUACUAUCCGACUGAGGUUUACUUCUCCAGCCUAUUGUUUCAGACAACAGAUAUAAGUUGCGAUGGGAGAGGAGCGCCGGAUUUGGUGUCUAUCCCCCAUUUCCAAUUAUAGAUGGAUCAUUUCAGACAAGGGAGAAGUACUGAGAAUCCAGACAUCUGCUCUUCACAUGAAUGCACUCACCUCCUAGAGAACAGGCUGCCAUCAUGCUCUGGAAACUGGUUGAAAAUGUCAAGUACGAAGACAUCUAUGAGAUGUUAGUCCACACCUAUUCAGCCAUGGACCGGCAUGAUGGAGUCCCCAGCCACAGUUCUAGACUGUCUCAGCUGGGUUCCGUGUCCCAGGGACCCUACUCAAGCGCCCCUCCGUUGUCUCACACUCCGUCCUCGGAUUUCCAGCCACCCUAUUUCCCACCCCCCUACCAGCCGCUUCCCUAUCACCAGAGCCAGGACCCUUACUCCCACGUUAAUGACCCCUACUCCCUGAAUCCCUUACACCAACCCCAGCAGCAUCCUUGGGGGCAAAGGCAGAGGCAAGAAGUGGGGUCAGAAGCCGGCUCUCUCCUGCCACAGCCUCGGGCCGCUUUGCCUCAGCUCUCCGGACUGGACCCUAGGAGAGACUACCACUCAGUCAGGCGGCCUGAUGUGCUGCUACACUCGGCCCACCACGGACUGGACUCUGGCAUGGGGGACAGUCUCUCCUUGCAUGGCAUCGGACACCCAGGAAUGGAAGACGUUCAGUCAGUUGAAGAUGCCAAUAACAGCGGCAUGAAUCUAUUGGACCAGUCUGUCAUUAAAAAAGUUCCGGUUCCUCCCAAAUCUGUGACUUCUCUGAUGAUGAAUAAAGAUGGCUUCCUGGGAGGGAUGUCGGUUAAUACAGGAGAGGUGUUUUGUUCUGUUCCUGGUCGUUUGUCCCUGCUCAGUUCAACUUCAAAGUACAAAGUCACUGUGGGGGAAGUUCAAAGACGACUCUCCCCUCCCGAAUGCCUGAACGCUUCUCUCCUUGGUGGAGUCCUGCGAAGAGCCAAAUCGAAAAAUGGGGGGAGAUCUUUGCGAGAAAGGCUAGAAAAAAUCGGUUUGAAUUUACCCGCGGGCAGGCGCAAAGCCGCAAAUGUCACUUUACUCACCUCCCUGGUGGAAGGAGAAGCUGUUCAUUUAGCUCGGGAUUUUGGGUACAUUUGCGAAACUGAAUUUCCCGCCAAAGCUGUUUCGGAAUACCUAAACCGGCAGCACACCGAUCCCAGUGAUCUGCACUCCAGAAAGAAUAUGCUUCUGGCUACAAAGCAACUGUGCAAAGAAUUUACAGACCUGCUUGCCCAGGACAGGACACCUAUUGGAAACAGUAGGCCCAGCCCCAUUUUGGAACCUGGGAUUCAGAGCUGCUUGACCCACUUCAGCCUCAUCACCCACGGCUUUGGGGCUCCAGCUAUCUGUGCUGCCCUCACAGCCCUGCAGAACUACCUGACAGAGGCUCUCAAAGGCAUGGACAAGAUGUUUUUGAACAACAGCACCACUAACAGGCACACAUCUGGGGAAGGACCAGGUAGUAAAACUGGAGACAAGGAGGAAAAACACAGAAAAUGAAAAAAAAUUUUUUAAAGGAAAAGGGAAAAUCUUUUAAAUAAAAAAAAGAAAAAAGAAACAUUUCAAUUUUAGCUUUAAAAUAUUGGAUUGGCUUUGGAAGAAUUAUAUUAGGUAGAGCACACACACAAACAAAAGUUAACAAACAGAAAAAGAAAGAAAAAUAACUUUUUAAAAAUCAAAGGCGCACAACGGAGCAACAAUACUGGUUCUCAGUGUCUAUUCAAGAUACACUUGGAGACAACCACCCGGAUUUUCCACUUCGGUUCUUUCGAUCUUAGUAAAGCUGAUAAUAAAAGAAAACCCUGAUUUUUUUCUUUGGAAAAAUAAACAUAAGACAAAACAUGAGAAAACAGUAACUUAUUGGAAGAAAAUCGGAUAAACAUUGGUGGUGUCAGUGCUUUGAAAUCUGGUUGGCUGAGAUGCACGAACUGUUUUUUUUUUUCUUUCUCCUCCCUUGGAACUUCCCCCUUCCCUCAUUCCCAUACUACUUUCUCUUCUUUUCCCUCCCUUCUUCCCUAGCUCCAUUUCAAAAAUCUCCCGGGAUGAAAUGAUUGUAUCUGGGCCUUAGGCAUUGUGUUUAAAACUUUUCAUUUCACUUGACGUUUUGUUUUUAAGUCACUGGUACCAUCCCCCCUCCCCCCCAAGCUUUGAUGGUUAGGGACGGCGAGGGAGAUGUAUGUUGUCUGAGUUGGGAGGGGAAGGCAAUCAGCGCUAGUGGAGGUUGCUGCGAUCAUUGGCAGAGACUAGGGAGAGAGCCUGGGAAUCUGGAAAAUAAGAUUGAAUAUGAUGUAUUAGUCAUCUGUUUCAGUUUCCUCAUUUCCUUAAAGAAGUGUUUCUAUUCCUUAGCAAUGCCAGCGUCUGCACAAGAAUCUUUCAUUUGGUCUAGUAUCUGUGUGUGAGGUACCGGUUUUCAGAAUUGUAGUAAAACAAAAACAAAAACACGAAUAAGUUAAUUAGUAUGUAUUCCUUCGGAGGGGUAUGUACCAUUUCAUUCUCUUCUGUUUUCCAAAGCUGUGCCCGCAUGGUUUAUGAGCUUCUUCAAAGAGGACUUGGGCUUUCUACACAAUCUAUAAGGUACAGAGACAAGCAAAGUUCUGAUACUUUUUUAAUCAAAGCCGGUGUUUCAGGAUUCUGCAGGUGCACUUCUUUAAAGAAGCUCAAAGGGAAUAAUUUAGGAAGCACCCGAUAUCGAUGUGGAAACAGCUGUCAAAAUGGUUGUUGCUAACAGUGACCUGAGCUCUGAGAUUCUAUGCAGAGACCAAAUUAAAGGGGGGGGGGAGGGGAGGACCUACAGGAAAUUGGGGGAAGGAGAGGAGGGGAAGGGAGCCCAGUAUUCUUGGCAUACUAUCCCUUUUAGUAGAUUCCAUUUCUCUAGAGGAAAUUAUUGAGAUGGUCUGGGAUUCUUGUUCUUCCAUGAAAAGCAGCAGGAGGGGGGAAGGAGGCACUAGAAUCUCUGCAUCACUUGCUAUAUUACAGGAUGCUUUAUGAAUGAGGGUUUAUUUUUUUCCAGGCAUGCACUUGUUUUUGGCAUAUAGAUGGUAAAAUAAUGCAAAGUGAAAGGAGAUGUGUUUCAGCUUUGAUUUUGCCGUCUGGAUACAUUUUGACUAUUCCCAGUGGGUAGAGUUUUAUGCAUUUAAGAUCUCUCACUUAUGGCAGAGCAGCUACUUUCUCUGUCUUAUUUCGAGCAUUAUCUUGAAAUAAGAUAUAGAAUCCAGGCACACCCUAAAAGCAGAGUGAAGAAAAUGCCUGUGGGGGUAUGUUUCAGAAUUCAGUGUAAACACACGUACACACUUUCCUAAGCAAGGCCAAGGAGAACAUCCUCAUACAAUUUUAUGAUUCUAUUAUGUACCCCCCCCCCCCCCCAACACAUCUACCUUCUCCACCUUCCAGCAUUCCUCUAAGAUAGAAAUCCAGAUGCUUUUGGCCUUGAGUUUUUGACUUCCGAAUAUUUACAGUAGGCUGCCUACACAUUAAUGCUAGCUACUAUUUGCUCAGACACUUACCCUGCCCACGCCCCCCUUUCCGCAGCUCUCUCCCACCUCCUAUGCAGAAUCCCUCAUCUAGGUGCCUCUCAAGCAGCCAAAGCUGGCAUCUCCAUAGGAUGCAAAAUGAUUGGCAUUUUUGUUUCACGGGUGUGGCUGGCUUCAAGGACAUUUCCUCCCGGCUUUCCUCUUAGCCUUUUAGAGGCAAACUUGAUGGGUUAAAAAAAAAAAAAAAGAGCCAGAGCUACGCUGGAGGUGUUCCGCUCAGUAGGCCCACGGUGCUUUUAACUUGAGGAGAAUGCCAAUGCCUUGGGACGGGCGUUAUAAAACUUUUGGAGCUCCAGCCUUAUUAUUCCAGGAGCCUUAAAGUGUCUUUGGUCAGGUAGCGUCGGCAAGCUAAAGCAGAUGUGUUCUGAUUACUCUUAGCCCGGAUAAACUGCACUGAAAAACCAUCAUCUCCUUUCCUUGCAGGACAACCUGUCCCACGUGCGUGACGUGAGGGAAACGUAAUGGACACGCAUUGCACUUACUGUCCAGUACUGCCCUUUGAAAGCGUGUCUCCUCCGAUUCUGGCCGGUUCUGUUGAGGAAAUAGAAUCAGGUCGAGCUCGCCCUCCCCACUCUCAGACUCACCCCAAGGGCUAAACCGGACUGAAACCCCAAAUCUCUCAACUAGGUAACAGGCUGAAAAGGAACACAGAUUAUCAAGGGGAGUAGGGCUUUGGGGUUCUUUUGAGUCCCUCUUGGACAAAAUGUCCACAUUACAAGCAUCCUCCUUGAGGUCUAGUUUGAAUAUUUUGAGGGAGGGGUAAAUCUCUCAUAGAUCAUGUCAACUCCUCUACCCCACCCCACCUCCAGAAAAAAAAAAAAAACACCAAAAAGAGAUCAGUGGGCUCUUUUGGAAAAGUAGACUAUUAUCGUCUGGAUAUUUACAAAACCAAAAUGUGUCCACUCGAUGGCCCUCUGUAAUAUUUUUGUUUCCUCCUCCCCUCAUCAUUCCUUCUACUUCUGACAAGCUCCAGGAGGCUUCUUCUGCCACUUCUCUCCAAGGAAAUAGAUUUCCAUCCCCAUCCCUUUGCACUUCGAUACACUUCUUACAGGCCAGGCAGCUCUGACGUUUAUCUGAUAAUUGAGUUAUUAAAAGAUUUGGUUUCCGUGGGCCCAUAAAUCAAUAAACAGUAGGAUUAACGCGAAAGUUUGACUUUUAACUCAGGGGAAACGUUUAAGGCAAACCCCUUUUAGCCUUGUUUUCAAACCAAACAGGUGGGUCACGUCGUUUUAUUUUGUUUUGUUUUGUUUUUUAUUUUCCUUUUUUCUUCUCCUUUCUAUUUUUAAACACAAUCAUUCAGCUUGGGCACCUUCCUCAAUUAUUUCCCUUGGUUUUCUCACUCUCUCCCUCUACCCCCAUCCAAAACCGAAGUUAGAAAAAAGACUAGGGGCGCUAAAAUCACAAAACUCGCCUCGGAAAGUUCUUUGGAAGAGACUAAAGGUGGUAUUAUUCUUGGGCUCUAUCCAAUAUUCAUUCAACAAGUCUUCAUUGAAGACCUACUAAGGGUGUACCAGGCAUUAUGCUGGACCCCUGGUUAAUGACUUCAAUACGAGAUUUCUGCUUAAAAAAAAAAAAAAAGUGUACUCCUUUCCAACCCUCCUAAAUCUUUUCCUUCUACUAUCUCUUUCCUUCCCAAUUGAGCACCACUCCACUCCCCCAGUUCCCAGCUCACCACCGCUGCCCUAGCAAAGUUUUCUUUUCCUUUUUGAUCUUUAGCUCCUUAAUUUCCUUGCAUCCACAAAAAGAACUUAUGCAGGAUUUUGAACAUUUUGCUAUUUAACAUCUCUCACACACCCCCUCACAAAAAACAGAUUUUUUUUCCCCACCAGUUAGAUCACAUCCUCUACAGCUGAAGGAAUGAAAAAGGAAGUCCGAAUUCACCUAGGGAUUGUUGACUCCCUUACAGAAGUCUCAAGGAAAAGGGGCAGUGCGUUCUUAACCAUUGUUUUUGAUAAAUGUCAUCACAUCAGAUACUUUGUAAAUUUUAAUGUAUUAUGUGAAAAGAAAAUAUACUAAGACAAAAUCUGAUGUUCCUCCCGAGCCUAAAUAACGUUUUCCCUUGUGUGCCAAUGUAUGCUAAACUAUCUGAAAAUAAACAAAAAGACAGACAAAAAUAAUAAAAUUCUUUUUUUAAAAGGGUGAAAUGAAUACCAUCCGUCUUUAUAAUGCCAAAAUAUACUCCUUUCUUGGAUUUGUCUUAUUCACUAAGAAUCUGACCACACUCGAGAAAUAUCAGUUUACUGACUCUUCAUGAGAAUAAAUCUGGAAGGGUAACGAUGUUAAGUUUGUAUAUAUUUAUUUAUGCUUAAUUUAAUGGGAAUGUGUAAAUAUGGCGAGCAAGUAGUUUGGGAUUAUUUAUCUGUGAAUCUAUACCUCUGUGAAUGGGUGGAAAAAACCGCUUGACUCUAGAUAGUAUCCUAUCUGAAUUUUUCUGUUCUUUAUAGACAAGCUGUUAUGGUAAUGGGUAGAAAUUGGUUUAUUGUCCAGUGUUGAUCUGAUUUACAUAAAUAAAAAAGAUGUUGUGUUUUGGUUGUGUUCUUA